AUGAAGCUCGUCAGGUUCUUGAUGAAGCUUAACAACGAGACGGUCACGAUCGAGCUCAAGAACGGCACGGUCAUCCACGGAACCAUCACUUCCGUCGACCCCCAGAUGAACACUCACCUCAAGUCUGUCAAGCUCUCCCUCCGCAGCCAGCCCGCCGGCACGCCCCCACAGCACCUGGACUCGAUCGCCGUGCGCGGCAACAACGUGCGGUACUACAUCCUGCCCGACUCGCUCCCGCUCGACACGCUGCUGGUCGACGACGCCCCGCGCGCCAAGAAGCGCAAGGAGGGUGCCGCCGCCGCCGGCCGCGGAGCGCGUGGUGGACCCCGCGGCGGUCGUGGUGGUGGCCGCGGUGCGCCGCGUGGCGGCCGUGGCCGUGGCCGUGGCUUCUAA